CUGAGCAGAGAUCUGGUCCCUGGGUCCAGGGGCGGUGCAAGGAAGGGCAGAGGGCUUUCUGCAGGAGCCCCUGGGCGUCUGUUCCCAGCGAUCCUCUUCCCAAGCUCCGUCCGGGCUCAGUCACUCGGAGAGAGCGAGGGACAGGCAAGGCCGAAGUUUCUUCGUUCAGCGACACGCGUUUCUGGGCGGAUUCUCCCAAAGUUAACCCGCAGUUCUCUCCACUCCACCCCCGGCCGGCCCGCUCGCCAUCCCGUCCCUCCCCCGGGCCGGAGCUAGAAGUUUAGCCCCAAGCCAGCAGCAAAGAGCGGAGCAAAGGAGUCGUUUUCUUCCACCUGGAAGCUGCGAGGAGGCUUGGCGCGCCUCUCCCCGCUAGGACCCGAGCCCCCUCGGCCCGGGUGGAGUGCAGACAGAGCCGCUGGGGCCCUCGGCAUCUCCCAGCCCUGUCCGCAGAGCGAGCACGGGCAGAUUCAAGGGCUUGUGAGAGCGUGAGCCGGGCUGUCCGCGGGGCCCCCUAAGCUCGCUGGGAGGGGGCAGGCCGGUGUUGGCUAUGCGGGGCGUUUACAAAAAGUGACUUGGAGAUGAACUCUCCCGUGCGCGACUGGCCUCCCCGCUAUAGGGGCGAAGGCGCCUGACGCAAGCGGAACUCGGCGGAGCCCAUACGAAUCAGAACAGAGCGAGGCUCCUGGCGCACUAGGGACUCCAGGAGGCAGCUCCGCCAGAGACGCGGGUCGUGUCUCGGGAAACCGGAGGGUGGGGGAGGGGAAGAGCGCAAGAAAAGAAAACCCACCGAGGCGGGGACUGGCCUCGGCGGGGAGGGGCGGUGGGGCCGGAGCCCCUCUCAGUUGGGCGUACUCCCCAUGGCCAAAGGCUGAACUCCACUCCAGCCGGCCGUUCCCCAGGGGGAAGGAAAAGAAGAGGAGCGGGGAGCGAGAGGCCGCCAGCGAGAGCACAGACAGCAUCCGCAGUCUCCAGAAGUUUGAGACUCGGCGGUGAGCGGACUUUUGCGCCUGGACUUUUUGCUGCGCCAGAUCCAGCGGGAAAGAGCAGAGGCUGCCUGGCUUCGGCGCGCCGGCUUUGUCAUGAUGGCCAGCUACCCCGAGCCCGAGGACGCCGCGGGGGCCCUGCUGGCCCCGGAGACCGGCCGCGCCGCCAAGGAGCCCGAGGCGCCGCCGCCGCUGAGCCCAGGAAAGGGCGGCGGCGGCGGCGCCAGCACAGCCCCGGAGAAGCCCGACCCCGCGCAGAAGCCCCCAUACUCGUACGUAGCGCUCAUCGCCAUGGCGAUCCGCGAGAGCGCGGAGAAGAGGCUCACACUGUCCGGCAUCUACCAGUAUAUUAUCGCCAAGUUUCCGUUCUACGAGAAGAACAAGAAGGGCUGGCAGAAUAGCAUUCGCCACAACCUCAGCCUCAACGAGUGCUUCAUCAAGGUGCCGCGGGAGGGCGGCGGCGAGCGCAAGGGCAACUACUGGACGCUGGACCCGGCCUGCGAGGACAUGUUCGAGAAGGGCAACUACCGGCGUCGCCGCCGCAUGAAGCGGCCUUUCCGGCCGCCACCGGCGCACUUCCAACCCGGCAAGGGACUCUUUGGGGCCGGAGGUGCCGCGGGCGGCUGCGGCGUGGCGGGUGCGGGGGCCGACGGCUAUGGCUACCUGGCGCCCCCCAAGUACCUGCAGUCCGGCUUCCUCAACAACUCGUGGCCACUACCGCAGCCGCCCUCACCCAUGCCCUACGCCUCCUGCCAGAUGGCGGCGGCCGCAGCGGCUGCGGCAGCAGCGGCGGCGGCCGCGGGCCCCGGCAGCCCCGGCGCGGCUGCGGUGGUCAAGGGGCUGGCUGGCCCCGCCGCCUCGUACGGGCCAUACUCACGCGUGCAGAGCAUGGCGCUGCCUCCGGGCGUAGUGAACUCGUACAACGGCUUGGGAGGCCCGCCCGCCGCGCCCCCGCCGCCGCCGCACCCCCACUCACACCCGCACGCACACCAUCUGCACGCCGCCGCUGCACCCCCGCCGGCGCCGCCACACCACGGGGCUGCCGCACCACCUCCGGGCCAGCUCAGCCCCGCCAGCCCGGCUACCGCCGCGCCCCCGGCGCCCGCGCCCACCAACGCGCCCGGCCUGCAGUUCGCCUGCGCCAGGCAGCCCGAGCUCGCCAUGAUGCAUUGCUCUUACUGGGACCACGACAGCAAGACCGGCGCGUUGCACUCGCGCCUCGAUCUCUGAG